AUGUCCCAGAAAUACGCCUACGCUGCUCAAAUCCUCCUCUUCCCUGCCCUGGCACUACCCAAGCUCAGCAUAUGCUGCACCUAUCUGCGCAUCUUCUACACAGCAAAGUGGUCCCGACACAUGAUCCAAGCCCUCAUGGUCCUCCUCGUCCUCCUCAUCAUCCCCAUGGACAUCGAAGUGAUAUUGCAAUGCCGCCCCAUCCACGUCUACUGGUCCGAAGGCCGCCCACCGUCCAAAUGCCUCGACGACAUCGCCGGCUUCUUCGUCUCGGGAACACUCAACAUCGUCGUCGACGCCGCGCUCAUGGCCAUUGUCCUGCCUCGCGUCAUGGGUCUCAAACUGCACCGGCGGCAGAGAUACGCCCUGAUGGGCGUCGUGCUACUCGGCACGCUCGCCAUCGUCGCAGGCAUAAUCCGCAUGGUGCGCGUGGGCCAGAUCUUCGAACGCGUAGGCGGCUUCGACCCUUCUUGGGACGCAUACGACAUUUCGAUUUGGACGAAUACUGAGAUCUGGGUUGCAAUGAUCUGUGCGGCCGCACCGGGCAUUAAACCCGUUCUCGUCAAGAUACUGCCCAAGCUACUGGGCACAACGCUGCGCAGUCGUACGCGGACGAAGCCUUCGGGCGGUGCGACGGGGCCGUCGAUCGAGAUGGGGUCGAAGUGGAAGCGUAAUACACGGGCGAGUAGCCAUGUGCAUGCGCAGACAAGCGAGACGGCCCUGGCGAGUGUGCAGGGCCCAUAUACAGAGUGUGGGAGGGGCGUUGAUGACGAUAGCAUUAGCGAGGAUAGGAGUGAGCGGUUUGGUCGACGCGCCAGUGAUGAGGAAGGCAUCAUCUACAAGAAGAGUGAGAUAUCGGUACAAGUUGCACCACGAUAG